AUGACCUACUGUUGGCAUUUAAUAGGCCAACUUUUGGAGAACGAUAAGUCUUUGAGAGAAUCUGGGGUCAACAAUGGAGCCAAGAUCAUGCUUGUGGGCACUAGAGGUUUUUUCCGAUGGGAUGGUCCAACGAUAGGAGGGGCUCCAAACCGAAUUGCUUCAAUGAGAGGAAGGGCUCCAGGCCGAUUUGCUUCAACAAGAGGAGGGGCUGCAAGCCGAUUUGCUUCAACUAUUGGAGGGGCUCCAAGCCGAUUUGCUUCAACGAUUGGAGGGACUCCAAGCCGAUUUGCUUCAACGAUUGGAGGGGCUCCAAGCCGAUUUGCUUCAACGAUUGGAGGGGCUCCAAGCCCAAUUGCUUCAACGAUUGGAGGGGCUCCAAGCCGAUUUGCUUCAACGAUUGGAGGGAAUCCAAGCCAAAUUGCUUCAACGAUAAGAGGGGCUCCAAGCCGAUUUGCUUCAACGAUAGGAGGCGCUCCAAGCCGAUUUGCUUCAACGAUAGGAGGCGUUCCAAGCCGAUUUGCUUCAACGAAGAAGAAUAUCAAAGUUGAAAAGAGCCGUACUGAACGGUGGAAGGCUACCAAUAUUGUAGCAUUGGCCGAAUGCAACUUGAAGGACAUUCCUGAUGAAGUUUGGCCUUGUGCACCUUUUAUAAGAAUCCUUGAUGUCAGCCACAAUUCCAUUCAACAUGUACCUGACCGGAUUGAUUGUCUUACUGGAUUGAGGAAAUUGUAUCUUAAUGGAAAUGCUUUAUCGGAUGAAUCCAUUAGCUGGCAACGACUCACUAGUCUGAAGCUUCUACAAGUUCUAUUUUUAAGCCGAAACUGUUUGAACACUCUGCCUUCCACACUGGGUCUUUUGACUUCUCUGCAGCAGCUACAUGUUGCAAACAACCUCUUAACUGCCCUCCCAAUUGAAAUAGGAUAUCUGACUGAGCUUGAAAUUUUGAAAGUCAACAAUAAUAGGAUUAGUUCCAUUCCUUCAAGUAUAGGCAACUGUACUUCUCUUGUCGAGGUAGAUCUUUCAUCAAAUCAUCUGUCUGAGUUGCCAGAUGAAUUUUGCAGUUUGCACAAAUUGAAGGCUUUGUAUCUCAGUAACAAUGCUAUGAAAAGCCUUCCAAAUUCGUUUUUCAUGAUGUGCACCCAGCUCUCAAUUUUGGAUCAUCAUCAUACAGAAAUCACUAUGGACACCCUCUGGCAGUGUGACGGAUGGGAAGAUUUUGAGGAGCGCCGUCGUGCAAAGCGCCGGAAGCGAAAUGAUUUCGGAGUUAUUAAUUCUGCUGAAUCUGAUGAAGAUGCUGAUAAAAAUUAA